GCGGGGCCGGGCCGGGGCUGCCAUGGCCGCGCCGGUGCUUAGAGCCGGGCCCAGGCUGCUGAGGGAGCGGUGGCACCAGGGGAGGUUCGGGGCAGCGGAGCCGGGACGGACAUUACAGUGCUUGAUCAGAAGAACAUUUUUUGGAUAUCCCCUAACUAAAGAAGGUUCUGGUCUGAUUCAAAAGACUAAAGAUGUUUGUUUGAGGUUAUGCAGACCACGAAGUUCUACAGCAGCUGCUGACACAUCUGGAGAGGAUACCGUGCUGAAAUGGGGCCUUCUCCUCAUCCCUCUGACCACAUUUGGUCUUGGCACAUGGCAGGUUCAGCGGCGCAAGUGGAAAUUAGAUUUGAUUGCACAACUGGCAUCAAGAAUCACAGCAGAUCCCAUCCCUCUGACAUUAGACCCCAUGGAACUGAAGGAGUUGGAGUACAGACCUGUGACGGUCCGAGGGCAUUUUGACCACUCUAAGGAGCUGUACAUCCUUCCCCGUUCCCUGCUGAACCCGGAGCGGGAAGCCCGGGAAGCCGGGAGGAUCACAUCCCAUCCGGAGAAUGGAGCCAACGUCGUCACCCCCUUCUACUGCACAGAGCUCGGGGUCACGAUUUUAGUCAACCGAGGAUUUGUGCCCAGGGAGAAAUUGAAACCGGAGACCAGACUGAAGGGACAGAUUGAAGAUGAGAUUGAUCUCACAGGGGUGGUGAGGUUAACAGAAAAAAGGAAACCCUUUGUGCCUGAAAAUAACAUUGAAAAAAAUCGCUGGCACUACCGGGACCUGGAGGCCAUGGCCAAGGUGACUGGUGCUGAGCCCAUCUUCAUCGAUGCAGAUUUCAGAAGCACAGUCCCAGGGGGGCCCAUUGGGGGCCAGACCAGGGUGAGCCUGCGGAACGAGCACAUGCAGUACAUCGUUACCUGGUACAGCUUGUGUGCUGCAACUUCCUUUUUGUGGUACAAGAAAUUUAUACAGAAGGCACCCCUGUGAGGGGAAGGAAGAAACCUUUUUUGUGCUACUGUCAGGAGCAGAUUUUUAUGGAUGACAGGAGCCUGAUCAGUCCUAAAUAACUGAAGCACCUGGAGGACCAGAGCAGUUUCAGCAAACAUUAGCAAGCUGCAAAUAGACUUUAAGCAAUCCCUGCAAACUGAGCUCCCACCAGUGUGAUUUGGCUGCAGCUUGGGAGCACUGAACUUCAAUAGUAACCAAAAUACAUUUUUCUACUAUGGUUGUUUGUAAAGUACAUUUUAAUAUCUCCACUCUGUUUUCCUUAAGACAAACCCAGUUUUUU